GCUCGAGGUCGAGUCAGCGUGGCCGGUGCAGCGAUGCUGACGGACUGCUGGUGAUCAAAGUUUCUGCACUGCAAUCGGAGUACGGAGUAGGAUUAGUAAGGCUAAUAUUACCCCCCGGCAUGUCACCGCACCAGCUAUGGCGCGUGGCUUUCUCCUGCACGAGCAAGCUCACCGAGCGCAGUGCUGACUGGCUGAAUGAUCCCUGCAGCACAUGGCAUCGCACAACGUGGCCGCCGUCUGGAAACGGGGCUGGCUUCCUCAAUGCGCCGCUUUUACCAGUCGUUGGAUGAGGGGUUGGUGUUGGUGUUGGUGUUGGUUUUGGCUGCGAUUAAUAAUUGCGGUCCUGGCCGUUGUCGAACCAGAUCUCGGUCCAAAGUUCUGGCACCUCGGUGGCGCCUUUGCGCAUUUGAGCCUAUUUGCUCGACAAACUCUAAACCUAAUAUUAGGAAGAGGCAGGAGUGAGCAUAAUAUCAGAGACUUGAGAAUAUGAUCUGGUAGAAUGCGAAUGCUGAGAAACCAACACAAGCCCCAAUUGUAGCUCAUGUUAGUCCUUCC